GUUACUCUUCCGCGCAGACUAGCCCUCUUCCGUGAAGAUAUCGACGUUACAUCUUUUUUCUAAUUCAAUGCUUUCCAUUAAAAAUAAUUUCAAAAACGACAGAACACACGUGGAAAGUCAAAUGUUGUUUGUAUUAGGAAUAACAUUAUUUUUAGUGCAACACGUCAACUAAUAGUGAUUGCAUCUGAUGAACGAUUCGAGUGACAUAAGGUUGUUUGCUGUUUUGUUAGGUUAGAACCUUUUCGGAAUGCACUCAGAACAUAAUUCGGAUCGUAAUCAACGAGAUUCAGGCACCGAAAUGCCAACUUUGGAAUAUUCGAACGCACUCUCGCCACCGGGAAUAUCUUCGUGGAAAAACGUGCACAACUGUAAACUAUGUCCGUAUUUUUCGACAUCCUUUUUUCUUAUGGUGAACCACGUCAGGGGACACCGCUCGUCUCUGGAAAAAUUUAAGUGCGAAAACGCCAAAAUUGAAUCGUAUUACUGUAAAGACUGCAAUUUUAAAACGGAACUAACAGUUUUGUUCAAGCAACACAUUGAUAAACAUCACAGCAAAAGAAAAUCUGGGGAAGAUGUAUCAAGUGAGGAUUUCUCCAUUCAGAACUACAUUUGCGACUGUGAUUUCAAAACAAAUUUCUUGUUAAAGUGGAUUGAGCAUACUUCAGCAUGCUUAGGAAAGAAGAAGAAGAGGGAGCAGAGAUUCAUAUUUUCUUCCUAUUUUAUACAAAGGGAUUUAUAUAAUUUAAACCGUCGUAUAGAAAAUAUGGCCUAUUUAGAUGAACAAGAUGUUACAUGGCACGAAUGCAAACAGUGUUCGUUUAAAACAAGAUGGAAAAGAUAUUUAAAAAUGCACGUGAGUGAAAUACAUCUAAAUAAAAAAACUAAGUGGUUCGAAUGUAAAAAGUGCCCAUACAAAACUGAAUCAAAGUCGCAUUUAAAAAAUCAUAUCACUUGUAAACAUACUGAUGAAGGUGAAAUUAAGUGGUACAAAUGUUGCAGCUGUUCAUAUAAAACUAAAAGAAAAGACAAUUUAAAAAUACAUCAAACGAUCCACUAUUCAAAUGCCAAAUCGUUCCAGUGCCAAUAUUGUCCAUUUCAGACUAAAUUGAAAAAUCAAUUAAAUGAACACCUCUACAUCCACGAAAGCGAUAUUAAAAGGUACGAGUGUGUUCAGUGCCCAUUCAAAACUAAACACAAACCAGAUUUGAAAAAACACAUAAAUCGUACCCAUUUAAACGACCAAGAUAGCGAAUGGCACAAGUGUGAAAAAUGCAUAUUUAGGACUAAGAUCAAGUCCCAUUUAAAAAGGCACAUAAAUAACAAACACUCGAAGGAUGAAGACGUUAAAUGGUACGAAUGCAAAGAAUGUUCAUUCAAAACUAAGUAUAAAUCAAGCUUAAAUGAUCACGUGAGUGUGAAACAUCGAAACGAAGAAAGCGUUAAGUGGUACGAAUGCCAAAAUUGCUCAUUCAAAACCACACGCAUGCCGUAUUUAAGAAAACAUGUGAAUUAUCGACAUUUGGACGAAGAGAUUCAGUGGUACGAAUGUGCGGUCUGUUCGUUUAAAACUAAAAUUAAAGAUAGUCUAAAAAAGCACAUAACUGCGCGCCAUGUGGAGAUUAAAUCGUUUCAAUGCCAAUAUUGCCCGUAUAAGGCUAAACUGAAAAGGUAUUUAAACCUUCAUAUGAAUCGGUGCCAUUCAGAUAAAAAGCAUGAGAAAUAAUACAAAUGCCAAGAGUGUCGUGGAGAAGGUGUGGAAUGGUACAAAUGAGUAUUGAAGAUGUGUCUGUACAAACUAAUAUGUAGGUUAUGCUGUAUGAAAAAAUUCCAAGUUAAUAAACUGUGUGACGUAA